AUGUAUUUACCAAGCUGCACAUAUCCGUCAAAAUCUGACUUUGGCUCCAUCACUUCGCCGUUUUUAAUGGAGAACGGCACAGCUUUGCUGGAUCACAGCACUCAAUCAGCCAUAAGGCUGUCGGAGUACUACCGGGGCUACUGCUACCACGAGCCCCGGCAGCAGCAGCAUCCUCCUCCGGACAAAUGGACCGUUUUCCAAGCGCGGCGCCCCAUUACCUCUCCGCCGCCAGCUUGCUUCAAUUUACCGGGGGAAGCUUUCCAUCACGAGCACCAGCGCACACCAUCCCCACCGGAGACGAUAUUCAACGCCAGUACGGACUGUUUUUUACACGGCGGGGCGGUUUACAGCGCCUCUGGUUCCCGUUUUCAUACGCAAGCGUUUGCCGGAGACCCGCUGGGGCUCCCCGGCAGAUACACGGCGUUCAAUCCGGACGCGCAGCUCAUCUUCCAGGCGGGCCGAAACAAAAUCCUGCAGCCGGGGUUUGAUCGGUUUUUCGCACACGCAGAGGAAGGAGUGGAUGCAAAAGCGGAGAUUUCACCUGGGAGCCAUGAGGAGAAAAAGUCGAAGCGAGCCGAGUGGACAAGUUGUCACAGCGGGGAGAGCAGCGAGGUGAGGGCGGGGUCAGGGUCACCCGAGGCUGGGAAGGAGGACGAGGAGGAUGCGCCUUUAUCCAGCGGCAGCGGAGGAGACUCAAAGCCUCGUGUGAAGAGGAAGAAGCGUUGUCCUUACUCCAAGCAGCAGCUCAGAGAGUUGGAGAGAGAGUUUCUAUUCAAUGUUUACAUCAACAAGGACAGACGCAUGCAGCUGUCCCACUUUCUGCGCCUGACAGACCGGUGCGUGCAUGCUGGAAUAUUAUCCUAA